AUGGCUCGGGGCGGGGCGGGGGCAGAGGAGGCCUCUCUGCGCUCCAACGCAUUGUCCUGGCUGGCCUGUGGGCUGCUGGCACUGCUGGCCAAUGCCUGGAUCAUCCUCAGCAUCUCUGCCAAGCAGCAGAAGCACAAGCCACUGGAGUUGUUGCUCUGCUUCCUAGCAGGCACACACAUACUCAUGGCAGCUGUGCCUCUCACCACCUUUGCUGUAGUGCAGCUACGGCGCCAGGCUUCCUCUGACUAUGACUGGAAUGAGAGCAUCUGCAAGGUCUUUGUGUCCACCUACUACACACUGGCCCUAGCCACCUGCUUCACAGUAGCCUCACUCUCCUACCAUCGCAUGUGGAUGGUGCGUUGGCCCGUCAACUAUCGCCUCAGCAAUGCCAAGAAGCAGGCACUGCAUGCAGUCAUGGGCAUCUGGAUGGUCAGCUUCAUCCUCUCCACACUGCCCUCCAUCGGCUGGCACAACAACGGGGAGCGCUACUAUGCCCGUGGCUGCCAGUUCAUAGUCUCCAAGAUUGGCCUUGGCUUUGGUGUCUGCUUCAGCCUCUUGCUACUUGGGGGCAUUGUCAUGGGGCUAGUCUGUGUGGCCAUCACCUUCUACCAGACAUUGUGGGCCCGGCCCCAGAGGGCUCAGCAGGCCCGGAGAGCAGGGGGUAGUGGUGGAGCCAAGGGGGGUGGGCCAGGGGGCUUGGGUACCCGGCCAGCCUUUGAGGUGCCAGCCAUUGUGGUGGAGGAUGCUCGAGGGAAGCGGCGAUCCUCGCUGGACGGCUCUGAGUCUGCCAAGACAUCCCUGCAGGUCACCAACUUAGUCAGCGCCAUCGUCUUUCUCUAUGACUCACUCACAGGGGUACCCAUCUUGGUGGUGAGCUUCUUCUCCCUUAAGUCCGACUCGGCUCCACCGUGGAUGGUGUUGGCUGUGCUAUGGUGCUCUAUGGCACAGACGCUGCUGCUGCCCUCCUUCAUCUGGUCCUGUGAGCGCUACCGCGCCGACGUACGCACCGUGUGGGAGCAGUGCGUGGCUAUCAUGUCCGAGGAGGAUGGCGAUGACGAUGGGGGCUGUGAUGACUACGCAGACGGCCGAGUGUGCAAAGUUCGCUUUGAUGCUAAUGGAGCCACAGGACCAGGCUGCCUGGACCCCACCCAGGUGAAGCUGCUGCCUGGGAGGCAUACGCUCUUUCCUCCUCUUGAGAGGGUCCACUACUUACAGGUCCCUCUGUCCCGCCGUCUGUCCCACGACGAGACCAACAUCUUCUCUACCCCUCGGGCACCAGGCUCCUUCCUGCACAAGUGGUCAUCCUCUGACGAUAUCCGGGUCCUCCCAGCCCAGAGCCGGGCCCUAGGAGGCCCUCCUGAAUACCUAGGACGGCACCGCAGGCUGGAGGAUGAGGAGAACGAGGAGGAGGCUGAAGGUGGAGGGCUGGCUAGCCUCCGUCAAUUCCUGGAGGGUGGGGUUCUGGGGGCAGGUGGGGGACCCCUACGGGGUCCUGGCUUCUUCCGGGAGGAGAUCACCACCUUCAUUGAUGAGACACCUCUGCCUUCUCCAGCUGCCUCACCAGGGCCCUCUCCUCAAAGGCCCAGGCCACUGGGCAUUUCACCCCGCAGACUCUCCCUUGGAUCCCCUGAUAGUGGAGCCAUUGGACUUCCUUUGGGGCUAAGUGCAGGGAGACGCUGCUCCCUGACAGGGGGUGAAGGGAGUGCCAGGGCUUGGGGAGGAUCCUGGGGCCCAGGCAACCCCAUCUUCCCCCAGCUGACCCUGUGAGCCCAAGUGGGCCUGCUGAACUCAGAGGCGGGGUCUGGGUGGGUAGCACCUUAUUCUGGCCCUGAGCCUAGGGCAGCUGCCUCCAGACUUUUGGGUGAUGGGCACUGGAUCUGGAGCCCUGGAGCCCCUGUUGUCUCCUAUCCAUGUGACCAAAUGCCCUACUCACCUUCUGUCAUCCCUAGCAAAAUGUAUUAAAGUCUGAAGUGUCAUGGAAACCUCUGUGUCCAGUGUACUGUGGUGGCAAAGAGUAUGGUCAGAGGCAUGAGGGGUGGAGUAGCUCAUAGAGGACACAAUGGAUCAGGGGCAGUAGAGAGAGGCACAGAAAGACAUAUGAAGAAAUUGUCACACAACUUCAAACACAGACAUACACAGAGAUAGGCUCAUAAGAACAUGUUGUGCUGAGGGAGAGGACUAUGGGAAGAUGAUAGGUUUGCUGGUUUGGGAUGUGAGUGACCUUUGUUCAGAUUUGUGGAGGUGGUUUUAGAGUAUGGCUCUAUCCCCAAUAUCCUAACUCUCCUCCUUCCCCUAUAUCCAUCCAGGUGCCCACUUUCUGGGCAGGAAAGGAUUUGGGCCUGACCUGGCGUCAGGGGCCUGGAGUUUCCCUCUUCCAUGCUGCAUUCUAAAAGACCUUUCUCCAACGGUAUAGGGGGAAGGCAUCCACCCUCCUUUUCCUGAACCCAAGAGUUUAGUGAAGCACAACCCCAGUAGUUACCCCCACAUCACCCUAUCAGGGGCUUCAGGCUGGAGUUAGGGAUUUCCAACAGGCUCCCCACCAGGCCUGCUCUAGUUCCCCACAUUUUGCUCUCUUCUCUCCACUUUGUUUCCCAUUUCACACUAGACCCACUUAUCUUAAAGAUAAGGCAUCCAGGCUCCCUCUGACUUCUC